GAGCUGCAGUGAUAAUGUACAUGGAAGGUGCCAGUAAUUCAUAUAGAGCAUCAUUUAGUGUCAGUCACAUUCUGCCAAAAUAGUAAAUGGGGAAAUGGGCUGUUGUUUUCCUAGAAGCUAGAAGCUAGCUAGCUGUUUUUGCGCACGACAGAGCUUGGUGAGUGAGAUAGCCCACAGCCCCGUUUACUAACUGUUAGCUGUUGUAGCUAGCUAAGCACCUGCCACUGGGACUGGCUGUGUUUCCCCUGCAAGACAUUUUGAUUAAGAGGUAUUAUGGACUUUCCUUUUGAUAUCAACCAGUUAUUCUCCGAGAGGGUCUCCGUCUUGGACCAGACCCUUGUUGCAGGUCGAAAAUCAGCAGGAAGGCCAGAUCUUCAGUCCCACAUAGCCACAGUUAUUGAUGAACUUGGGAGAGCCUCAGCAAAGGCCCAACAGCUCACAGCACCUAUAACAAGUGCUUCUAAGCUGCAGUCCCAGAGGCAUCAGCUCUACCUGCUGAAGGACGGCGAGAGCAAUGGAGGACGUGGUGUGGUCGUGGGAUUUCUCAAGGUCGGCUACAAGAAGCUAUUUCUGCUUGACCUACAGGGUGUGCACAUAGAGGCAGAGCCACUGUGUGUUUUGGAUUUCUACAUAGCAGAGAACUUGCAGCGACAUGGCUAUGGGCUGGAGCUGUUUGAUUUCAUGUUGCAGCACAAGAAUUUAGAGCCAGUGCUGAUGGCUUACGACAGGCCAUCGCCCAAGUUCCUGUCUUUCCUGGCAAAGCAUUACUGCCUGACACAAUGUGUUCCUCAGGUAAAUAACUUUGUGGUGUUUGACGGCUUCUUCCUCAACAGAUCAGCAACCCAGUUGAGAAAGGUUCCCCUAAAAAAGCCAGACGGAGAGAUCAAACCCUACUCUUCAAUGGAGAGAGAAGCGGUACGACAGGAGCAGAGGGCUCUUCCCUGGCCGUUUGCUCCUCCUCACUCCCCCCAGCGGUCGGUAUCCUCCCAGUGCUCCCACUCCCUCAGCGUGGGAUCCUCUCCGAGGAGGGUGCUGUCUCGAGCCGCCCCGGCUUCUGCCCCUGGGAGCAGCAGGGAUCAGAGCCCACAGUCCCCUCUCAUCGAUCGCUGCAGGGCAAGAUGCACCAGCCAACAGGGUCUAGUUGCCAGAAGCAGCCUGUACAGUCGGCACAUGGACAGCAGAGCUGUUGGACUGCUGGACAGACACUUGCCAGGUCUGAGACCAGUGGGGGAUCAGUCAUAUGCACUGGGAUACACAGGCACACACAGGUUGGCCAGUAUUCACACACCACAAAGCAGGUCCCAGCCUCUCUCACUACCAUUUCUGUCUGCAUCCAAGAACGAUGACAUCUGCAGCCAGACCUCCCUAGACCACAAAGAGACACACCUGGAUACAGAUGCUGCAGCCUUUGGUGCUGAACAGGAGAUCAGGGUGUGGGACAGUCCGCAGUGUCAAGCGGGAGGCGUGUUGGUCAACCAGAGGCAGUUGUUGGAGAAGGAGAGUGACAGAAGCAGACGAGGUUGGUCAUGGACUGUAGGAGACAGCUGCUUCACUGCCCAGUGGGUGAAGCAGAAGCAGGAAUACAGGAGCACCCGUCCCUGGUGAUGGGGACCCAGGUCUCUGAUGAUUACCAUAAUUCACUUAUUAUUUAUUAUAUUUUUUUCUGGUGCUGCAGAAAAAAAUUGCGUAUUGAAUUCUUGGACCAUUCAUGGCUUUAGGACAAAUACGUACUAAAAGAGAAAUUCAGUGUGACCUUCAGAGGCGUUCAGUAACAUUGAUGCAAUGAUUUCUGAAGUGCUGAGAGCUCUAACUUUCAAACGUCGCUUCAGGCCCCAAACUCUGUUCUGGAAAAAGACACUCCCAGUCUGUCUGGAUUAAAAUAGGCGUAGUAAUAUAUUUCUUGGUUGGUUUUCAGGAUGAGUCAUUUAAGUGCACACCAGUACAUCUUAAUUGGUUGACCAAACUGGUGUUAGGAGCCAAAUAUGAAGCUGUUCAGACACCAGCCAACAUUCAAACCCGUUUGAAAACAUUGGUCUAAAGCUGUGUUAAUGCAGAACUAUUGAAGUCUAUAACCAAAGGAGCAUUAACUUUCAGCACUGCAGUGCUUCAAGUAAGUGUUUGUCAAAUUGUCUAACCGUGUCUGACGCCCCCCUUGCAAUAGCUGAAUUGAAUUCAUAAUGCUUUGUUGUUGCAUUUGGGAACAAAUACUGUGCUGUGAAAACUAGUUGCUGAAUUCUUCCCAAUUUGACCCAGAAUCUGAAACUGAAACAUAUAUUAAAGGUGUUAGCUGGCAGAUUGUCUAACACCGUCUCUUCAUCAGUGGAAUGAGGGAGUGUCAGCUUUUAUCAUGGCACAGCUGGACUGGUGAAAUGUUUUGGUUUUGAGGUGUAGGGCAGGGGUGACAAACCUUUUUCCUGUCAAGGGACAUUUACAUUUUUAUAACAUCCUUCAGAAAUUAUUGAGCAUACGGUGGAGGUUCCCCACUCCAGGUCUAGGGGAUUUGAAUACCACUAAGCCUUAUGGCUGUACUAACCAACAAGAAAUCUAUGCAAGCUUUGCCUGAACCUUGCUGAGCUCUACUAACUUGCCCGCAUCACUCCACCUGUCCUCCACAGUGUCGCUCACUAGACUGAGUUGCUGAGCCAGCCUGUUCCAGUCCUCUUCUUGUUUAACAACCUUUGCACUGAGCUUGGUUGGUUUCAGUUCAUUUAGCUUAACAAAUUGACACAGACAGAAACUAAACCAAAAUAGCUCAGGGAUGAGGGUUUUCAUACAGCGUUCAUCACAUCUCAGCCAUAGAGCUCAUAGAGUGUUCUCAGCAGCAUGCCACUGCCCUCUAUUCUUCCUCUACUCUUGCUCUCCUGCUGCCCUCUGACAGGCUGUACAUACUAGAUAAGACCUACACUGACAACCAGUCAGAAUGUCAAAUGACAACCUUUGACUUUGACACUUUCUAAAACAGACAAUUCAGCAAUCAGAGGCAUUCAGUGCAGUGGUUGUGUAGAGGAGUGAAGUAGGUUUUAAUGUCUUUUUGUGUGUUUUACACAACUGCUUCCAUCACUGUUGAUAAAAGCAACAUGAAUGUGUUUGAGGAAGAUUCAGGGUGUUGAGACUGCAAAGGCACAGUUGCUAGAGAGAGGUUGGUGAGGCAGUGAGGUGCAGACAGACUAUGACUGCAGGCUUUUCAGCCCACCUCUGUCACAAGGUUAUGACCUGGUUUGUUUGAAGCUCACUGAGACCUUUAACAAGAGUUGAGAUUUCUGGCCUUUUACAAUUGAGAAGUAGGUUUUGUUUUUGUUUGUAUCAGUUAGUAACAUGAUGAUAUAACCUGACGCCACAGAACCACCUUCUCCUUCCCAAAAAAUAGUGCUAAUGAAAGCUUUUGACUGUGUGGAGACCUUCCUUUCACGCCCAGUGCAUUGGAGUUGAGGUCCAAGUUUCUGAAACAAAUACCAGGAACCAUGGCGGAAAAAAUCAAACUAUUUUCAAGCAAUACAUAAUUUUCUUUGUAUGCUGAAUGAAAUGACUCUUUAACUUGGCUUUCCAUGCAGGAGGAACUGCAGCUCAGGUCAACAUCUACUGUAUGUGCUUACUAUAUACCAUUAACCCCUCGACGUCUGAAUUUAUUUAGAAUUUUGGUAUGAUGCAAAUUAGCGACAACAGGCGUUGAUGCUUGUAUUUAAACAUUAAUGCCUGUUGUCGCUAAUUUGCAUAAAAUACUUUUUUUUUUCAAAAUUCAUAAAUGUGCAUCAUAAAAGCCACAAAACAACACAACGGCUGUAGUUUUCACUCUGACCGGUCCAAUGAGAGACCAGUGCUUGCAAAGGUUCCUAGGUGUGUGUUGAAUAUGCACAAACCUCAUUAGAGGAAUGCAUGCACGAUUCAGCUGCAAUGUGGAUUAAAGUGGUAUGAUGCCAAUUCACGACAAUAGCCAUUAAGGGCUUAAUCCCUCUUGGAGUCAGAGUCUUAUUUUUUAGGAGAGGACUGAAUAUGGGAUUUUCAGGCAUUUUGGUGCUAAACGGCUUGUUCUGUAAUGUUAAAACAAACUGAACUAAAGGGGUAAAUACACCAGAAUUCAUAUUACCUGUGAAUUGUGCUUAUAUAAUGUGAUAAUCAAUAUAUAGGUCAGUACUCUAAGACCGACGAGACUCAUGGUAACACACAGGAUGGUUCAAAGGGUGGAAGCUCUGUGUACCCUUGAGACUUCACUGAGUUGGAGUCUAUCAGCUGAUGGAGUGGUGGGUUACAGCAGAAUUACUGGAAUGUAGAAAGUGGUGACCAAGUAGAAACCACCGGAAGCAAACAUUUUCACAAAGGAAAAUAAAGCACGACACACAGUACCUUUCAUAGUAGAUGAGUUUAACCAGUUUAUUUUCAUACAUGUUACCAGAGGUCCUUGAUUUUCUGCAUCAUUUUCAAAGCAACAGAAUCAUCAGAAACCAGACUGAAAAACUAUUUCUAAACAAAGUGGGGAAAUGUUUUAGCUCACGUUCUGAUUCAUCUUUUCAUCUUCAGAGCCGCUGCAGGAGCAAUGUGCAGUGCAUACUGUGGGGUUUUAUACUGCAUUUCUACCAGUAAGAAACUAAUAAAGCAGCUCACUGCUCCUGUGAAUAUCUGAGCCAUGUUGUCUGUGUUUAUUCUCUGACCUCUUGGAUCUCCUGGCAGUGAUCCAGAUCUCUGCUCGACUUAGCAAGUGUUUUUAACUCAGCCAUCACAGAGCAGAUAAACAUCCUCACCGUGCUACAGAAAGUUUUCACGCCGUCUCAUGUUUUCCACAUUUUGUUAUGUUUCAGACACAUCUUAAAAUGGAUGAAGUUCAUUUUUUUUUAGAGAGCAAAAUACAUUUCUUAUUACAAAUUGUCCCCAUUUUAGUAUUAGGACAGAGCAAACCAUUAAAAGGAGACAACACUUACCUUUUUCCAAAACAUUAAAAUAAGUUUCUUUGCCAUGAUAAGGCCAUAGGAUAGUAAUUGUUGUUGACAUUUAUUGAGCAGAGAAGACUGAUGAGAGACUCCAAGCACUACUAGAAGUGAAUCAGGUUCUAUUCGUGUGUGUAUAUAUCUGAUAGAGUUUGGAAUAUGUUUAUGUAGUCUAAUAUGUAGUGUAAAAUGGGAUUCACUUAGAACAAAGAGCAGAACUGUGGAUUAGAGUGGCUUCUUCAGUGUGGCAUUUGUCUCAUAGUUGGGAUACAUCAGGGAAGAUUGAAGUCUGUGAAUUAUCUUAAAUUGAAUAAGACAACUUCUAGAAUUGGUCGAACUUUUGUGUUUGUCCUGUGGAGACCAUACUGCACCUGUAGCUGGUUAGAACAGGAGAAACUCCCUUCUACAAUUAGGUCUCAACUGUCUGGACACCCUCUCCAUACAGUUCAUGUUUUUUCUCAUCAAUCUACA